UUCCGCAGUUCGUCUGCUGCUGUGCAGCUGCCGUCGCCACUUCGGCUCGGCACCCGUCGUCCCGCCGGGAAGGAGACGGGACCGUUUUGGAUCUCAAGAAAACUGCCUCCUCCUAUAUAGUCGUGGCUUUUCCAAACUCUCCGAGGAAAGUUGGAUCUUUCGGUCCUUCCUGUAUUUCCGACCAUUACAGGAUCUAGAAAUGUCGACGACACUUUUAUCCGCCUUCUACGAUAUCGACUUCUUGUGCAAGACUGAGAAGUCGCUGACCAACCUCAGCAGCAUGCUGGAUAAGAAGGCUGUGGGGACCCCGGUGACCCCCCCCAGCUCCAGCUUCGCGCCGGGCUUCCUGCGGCGGCACUCGACCAGCAACCUGCCGGCGCUGGCCGGCGGCUCCAAGUUUCCCAGCCCCACCGGCUCCAGCUCUUCUUCCACCUCCUCCUCCUCCUCCUCCUCGUCCUCGUUCGGCAGUAUGAAAGAGGCGGGCUCUGGCGGAGGCGGCAGCAGCAGCCCCACGGCCCUACUCAACAAGGAGAACAAGUUUCGGGACCGCUCCUUCAGCGAGAACGGCGAGCGCAGCCAGCACCUCAUGCAGCAGCUCCAGCAGCAAGCGGCAGCGGUCGGCAAGGGGGGCGGCUCCGGCGGCGGGGCCCCUAUCAACUCGACGCGCUACAAGACGGAGCUGUGCCGCCCCUUCGAGGAGAGUGGCGCCUGCAAGUACGGCGAGAAGUGCCAGUUCGCGCACGGCUUCCACGAGCUGCGCAGCCUCACACGCCACCCGAAGUACAAAACCGAGCUCUGCCGCACCUUCCACACCAUCGGCUUCUGCCCCUACGGUCCCCGCUGCCACUUCAUCCACAACGCCGACGAGCGCCGCCCGGCGCCCGGAGGGGGAACUGCUGGCGCCGCCUCUGCAGGGGGGCCCCACCCCCACCCACACCACCCGCCACCGCACCCCACCGGCAGCACCGGCGACCUCCGCGCCUUCGUCCCCCGCGAACACCCGCUAGGCGGCGGCGGCGGCGGCGGCAGUAGCUUCGGGCACCCGCGCGGCGGCGAGCGACCCAAGCUGCACCACAGCCUGAGCUUCUCCGGCUUCUCCGCCCACCACCACCCGCACCCCCAUAGCGCCGCGCCACCGCCACCCGGCGGCCGCCUGGAUGUCGCCCUGCUGGAGAGCCCCGGCGGGUCGCGCACACCGCCGCCGCCCACCUCCGCCUCGUACUGCGAGGAGCUGCUCUCGCCCCCGUGCGCUAACAACGCAUUCGCCUUCUCGGGGCAGGAGUUAGGCAGUCUCAUCGCCCCACUCGCUCUCCACACCCAGAACUUCGCCGCUGCAGCUGCCGCGGCUGCUGCGGCCGCGGCCUACUACCGCUGCCAGCAGCAGCCGCCUCCACCCGGCGGGGGCUGCCCGCCUCCUCCCGCCUCGCCGCCCUUCAGCUUCCAGCCCCUCCGCCGCCUCUCCGAGUCGCCUGUCUUCGACGCGCCGCCCAGUCCCCCGGACUCUCUUUCCGACCGGGAGAGCUACUUGAGCGGCUCCCUCAGCUCCGGUUCCCUCAGCGGCUCCGAGUCGCCCAGCCUAGACUCGGGCCGCCGCUUGCCCAUCUUCAGUCGCCUCUCCAUCUCCGACGACUAGGGGGGCCGGGAAUACCGGACUGCCGCCGCUCGGCCCUGUGGCUGCCAAGCAAGUAAGUUAACGAGUGAAGAAAGUGAAUUCUCUUUUUUUAUCUAUAUAUCUAUCUCUAUAUAUACACCGAGAGCUGAACAAAACAAAGCAUCUUGCAAAAGGAAAAACGACACGAACUGAACAAACCUAUUUUUAUAGAGAGACCUUGGAAGAAGGGGAUUUUUGGUUUGUUUUUUUUGUCGUUGUUCUUUGGAGACAAGUUGUUAUAUGCACCAGCAGCAGUCAUUCCAUCUGUGUUCAAACGAAAAAAAAAAACCAAACCAAACCAAAAAAGAGCAAGCAUUAGAAAAGACACCAGCAGAAAGCAACAAUCCGAGGAGCCAGAGUUGUGCCUGUCCAGCUCCUCCAAACCUUCAGACACGUACAAAAAAAGUUACAGACUAGCUUAUUGUUGAUUCGAGUUCAAAUAAAAACCCAGAACAUACUAAACUAUAAGGGGUUUUUUUGUAAAGAGGAAAAAAAAAAAUCCAUCAUCCUGCCAAGAAUAUGCCUUGAUAACCUUUUUUUAUAUAUCUAUAUAUUAUUAUAACAAAUGCUAAAACCUUCAUUCCAAAGUGUAAUAUUGGUUCCAUUGCCACCACUUAGUGGAUGUUUGGCUUAGAACUAUUUUGUUGUUGUUGUUGCUUUAUUUGGAAGCACUCAACCAAGUUUAGUUUGUAAUUGUUGGAGAAUAACUGCUGAUUUUAUUUUUUUCUUUUUUUUUAGCUGUUUGAGUUGAUUGCAUGAAUGACUCACUGCACACAACUCAAUAUGAAACUAUUUAACUUAUUUAUUAUCUUGUGAAAAGUAUACAUUAGUAAUUUGUUCAUACUGUAUUUAUCGGGUAUGAUGAAAAGCAAUAGAUAUAUAUUCUUUUAUUAUGUUUAAAUUAUGAUUGCCAUUAUUAAUCGGCAAAAUGCGGAGUGUGUUCUUUUCACAGUAAUAUAUGCCUUUUUGUAACUUCACUUGGUUAUUUUAUUGUAAAUGAGUAAAAUUCUUAAUUUAAGAGAUUGUAUGUAAUAUUUAUUUCAUUAAUUUUUUUCCUUGUUUACGUAAAUCUGAAAGAUUGCAUGGUUUCUUUAGAGAAAUCGGUCUCGAUGCUGUGGAAGUAGUUUGAGGAAUUUCUAUGGGUUUUGUUAGAAUGUAAAUGGUUGUAGCCCAUCCGAGUUGAAACACACACGAAAAAAGAAGACAACAAAAGACUGACUUAGCAAUCAGACUUAAAAGUGGCAAAUCUAAUUCAGACUUGUUGAAAUAACCAAAAAGUAUUUUGCGUUGCUUAAUUCCACCAAUCACACUGUGAUAUAUUUUCAAAAUGUAUGUAGCAAUAAUUGGGGGUCCUGGUAUUACAUCUCAUAGUGCCUUCUUGGGGUUCCAUGCUUGCCUUAAAUAUCUCUCAACCAAAUAAGUAUUUUUCUUAAUGCUUGAUAAUUUGAAUGUAGGGAAGAGUUUUAACUACAGCAAAAUUUGACUACUUUAUUUUGUGUAAGAAUGGAGGCCAUCUUUGGAUCUGAAACUUUAUACCAGUUUACGAACAUGUCUUGCUUAAUUGAAUUCCAAAACUUGUAAUGUUUUUUUUUUUUUUUUCUCAUGUUAGAAAGGCAGGAGUUUUCUAAAACUUUCCUGGAUGGUGGAUGAAUGAGCAGUAGCUUAGUUAUGUUUGUACAUAGGUACAGAUUGAGCACUAUGUACUCUUUUGGACUACUUUAACAGAACUAUGUUUUGAAUGUAACUAAAGGAUAAGUCAACUUGAGUUGUAAUAUAUUUUUUGGGAGUCAGUUCACUACAGAUUGUGAGACUGUAAACUUUGUACUGUAAAUGUUUUGUAGUU